AUGGUUAAACUAGCAGUGACCUUACUCAUAGGAGGAGCUGUUCUCCUCCAACAGGUCACUGCUCAAUUCGACUGUCCACAUGGUUGGACUCGAGACAGCGUAUAUUGUUUCAAGUUUUUUAGUAACAAACACUCGUGGCGACGAGCCGAGGAGGUUUGUCGUCGGUAUGGAAGUCAACUUGCGCUCGUCCUCAACUACCACCAGAAUAACUUCACGAGGGCUCUGGCCACCGAAGGCUUGAAAGACCAGCCCCAGAAUGCCUACUGGCUCGGUCUGAAAUCAGUCAAGGAUCUCGCUACAAACACAUUGGAGUCGUCUUCAGGAUACUUCAUCCCGAAGUACGUUGGUCACUGGUCUCUGGAUCAGCCGCAACCGGAGAAGGGUCAAUGCGUUCAUGCUCAGGUUGGAGAACGGACGCAAGAAUGGGGCCUGACCUCCUGCGAGACCAUGUUGCCCUUCGUAUGUCAAGUUCCCGCCUGCCCAACCGGAACCUUUCUGUGUGCCAGCGGGAAAUGUCUCAACAAAAAGUGGCAAUGCGAUGGAGUGGACGACUGCGGAGACGGCUCCGACGAAAUGGAUUGCCCUCGACUCUGCCAUCACUACUUGAAGAGUUCCGGCGAUUCGAUCCAGUCUCCGAACUACCCUCAGAGAUACGACUCGAACCUCGAUUGCAAAUGGACUCUGGAGGGGCCACUGGGAACGGGCAUCGUCUUGCAGUUUUCGGAUUUCGAGACCGAGGCGAACUUCGACGCUGUCCAGGUGCUGUCUGGAGGUCGCACCGAAAAAUCCAGCGUUUCACUGGCGCAGCUUUCCGGCAAGCAGAACAUCUCUUCGAAGAGCUACAUCACCGGAAGCAACCUGAUGAUCGUGAAAUUCAAAUCGGACGCGGCAGCCGAGAAGAAAGGAUUCCGAGCAAGCUGGAAAACUGAGCCUGUGAAAUGCGGAGGGGAGCUCUUCGCUCACUCAUCCGCUCAAGUCCUGAAUUCUCCAGGAUACCCGAACGCUUACCCCGGUGGGAUCGAGUGUCUGUGGGUCAUCACGGCGCCGCACAACAAACUCGUUUCGUUGGAGAUCGUCGAUCUGGAUCUGGAAGUGACAGACUCGAUUCUCCUCCGAGACGGAGCAACUCCCAGCGACACGCUGUUGGCGAGACUGGGCGGAAAGACCUCGGAAAACCCCAAGUUCAUCCUCUCAACACAGAACCGCGUCUACAUCUAUUUCAAAACUGACACGGCUCACGCUUCGAGCAAGGGCUUCUCGAUCCGAUUCCGCGCCGGUUGUCAAGUGGACAUGAUCGCUGACCAGGGCAUCAUAAACUCGCCGGCCUUUGGAGUGGGCAAAUACCCUUCGAAUCAGAACUGCGCCUACCGAAUCACCCGACCCGGUGGGGGCCCGAUCUCUUUGAAAUUCGACAAGUUCCUCGUAGCCAGCGACGACCACAUCCAGGUUUACGACGGUCAGAACGCCAAAUCUGUCAAGCUCCAUGCUGGACAAGGUUACUCAGGAGCCGCGAGGCCCACCCACACUCUGACGGCAACGUCAGGCUCUCUUUACGUCGUGUUCCAAUCGAACUCGCUGAAUACCGCUGCCGGGUGGCAAGCGAGCUUCUCUUCUGAUUGUCCGCUGAUGACCGUCGGAGAACGAGCUCUGGCCUCAAGCCGUGACACGACGUUCGGCGCCGAGGUUACCUACACGUGCCCUAGUGGAAUGGAAUUCAGCACCGGACGCAAGAAGAUUGUCGCCGAGUGUUUGCCGGGUGGCAAAUGGUCGGUCGCCCAUAUACCCUCCUGCCAAGAGAUUUACUGCGGACCUGUUCCUCAAAUCAGUAGCGGAUUCGCCGUGGCCGCCACGAACGUAACAUUCCGAGGACAGGCGACAUACCAAUGCUACGCCGGCUUCACUUUUCCCGGCGGGCUUCAGCAACAAGCGGUCAGAUGUAAUGAAUACGGAAAUUGGGAUAAUCUCCCAGUCUGCAUGGCGUCGUCGUGUCCUCCGCUACCAGAAGUCCCUAACGCAGUCGCCAAAUUCCUCAACGGAGCCGGAAGAAACUACGGAACCGUCGUCCGGUUCGACUGCGAGCCUGGAUUCAGACGAUCAGGCUAUCCGGUUGUGGUAUGCAAGAGCAACGGACUCUGGAGCGCCAACCCACCCAGUUGUCAGAAAGCUCAAUGCCAUAAGGUGCCUAAAAUCGAGAACGGAAUCGUCGUGAUGGAGAAACGGGAAUACCUCUUCGGUGACAAAGUUAAGGUUCAGUGCAACAAAGGCUACAAGCUGGAAGGUCAAUCCACGAUCACCUGCGGUUCGAACAAAACAUUUGAAGACGUUCCUACCUGCGUCGACAUAAACGAGUGCAGCUCCCCCACCGCUUGCGACUCGGCUUCGACAAUGUGUAUCAACACUCCAGGAAGCUUCUUCUGCAAAUGCAAAAAGGGCUUCGAGCGAAACGUCGACUGCAGGCCCGUCGGCGAUCUUGGGCUCGCCAACGGCGCUAUCCCAGACCAUGGCAUCACGGUUUCGAGUUCUGAGACCGGUUACCCGAAAGAAAAGCUCCGACUGGACGGCGAAGGAGGUUGGUGCGGAUCGGUUCCCAGAGCCGGAGAAAACUUCGUGCAGAUCGAUCUCGCAGCUCCUACCGUUAUCCGUGGUCUGCGAACGCAACCGGUCAUCCGUCAGGACGGUGGACAGGCGUUCCCGAUCAGCGUGAGGAUCCAGUACACCGAUGAAGUGAUCGACGUGUUCAGAGAUUAUACCGACGCGUUGGGUCGGCCAAUGGAAUUUUCUCUGACUCCCAAUGGCGGAUCUGGUCUGGCCGUCGUCCAUCUGCCUCUGCCGAUCGAGGCCCGAUUUGUGCGAGUGCUCGUCAUGGAGUACGUCGGAGCACCAUGCAUGCGGCUCGAAGUCAUGGGCUGUUCCCGUCAGGACUGUAUCGACGUCAAUGAGUGUCUCCAGAAGAACGGCGGCUGUCAUCAGCGGUGCGUCAACAGUCCCGGCGGAUUCCAUUGCAUGUGUAACGUCGGCUACGAACUCUACACCAAGAACGGAACUUCGGGCUUCUUCGUUCCGCCGACCGAAACCGGUUACCGCGAUGGAGACACUUAUCAAAUUAACAAGACAUGCGUCCCUAGGGAAUGUUCGAUGCUGAGGUCACCUGAAAACGGUCGUAUGCUCUCGACGAAAGAACGAUUCCGCUUCGGCGACUCCGUUAGUUUCCAAUGCGACUUUGGAUUCGUGCUGCACGGAGCCCACGCUCUCACAUGCACGUCCGGCGGCAAUUGGAACGGUACCAUGCCCGCGUGCCUGCCAGCGAAGUGUCUCGGAUUGCACGACGAUCCGGCUCAGGGCCUUUCACUAAGAUCGAAUUCGCAUGAUAACUACGUAGCGUUCCAAGACAACGUGACCAUCUCGUGCUCGGAGACAGGACGUCCGCUUCGGAACACCGCCACUUCGGAGUUCCGUCAGUGCGUCUACAAUCCACAACCUGGGAAGCAGGACUACUGGCUCGCUGGAUCCUCUCCAGCUUGUGAACGAGUCGAUUGUGGACCUCCCCUCGACAGCAUCGGUGCUACGUACGGCUUCCACGUUGACACGAAAUAUCGCGCUUCUUUCUUCUUCGGCUGUGAAGAAACCUUCACCCUGGUUGGCAAAAGCAGUUUGAACGAUAAUGUCAUACGAUGCCAAGAAGACGGCUCCUGGGAUUUCGGGGACCUCCGUUGUGAGGGACCCGUCUGUCAAGAUCCCGGCAGGCCCGCCGAUGGCUACCAGAUCGCGAACAGCUACGAACAAGGAUCUGAAGUGACUUUCGGAUGUACUCGACCCGGAUACGUGCCCUACAGCACCGAUCCGAUCACCUGCGUCAAAAAUGCCGACUGCAAAGUCGUCAAGCCGCUGGGAAUCACCUCUGGUAAGAUUCCGGACAGCGCAAUCAACGCUACGUCCGCUCGAAGCAACUACGAGGCGAAAAACGUUCGAAUGGGAUCGACCACUGGAUGGUGCGGCACCCAAGAAGCGUUCACCUACGUCACCGUCGACCUCCAGAAGGUGCACCACGUCAAGGCCAUUAUGGUUAAGGGAGUCAUAACGAACGACGUGGUGGGUCGUCCGACCGAGCUGCGAUUCUUCUAUAAGGUGAAAGAAAACGAAAACUUCGUGGUCUACUUCCCCAACUUCAACCUGACGUCCCGAGAUCCCGGAAACUACGGCGAGCUCACCGUGAUCGAUCUGCCGCUCAGCGUCAAAGCCCGCUACGUGAUCCUCGGGAUCGUGAGCUACAACAAGAACCCAUGUCUGAAGUUCGAGCUCCUCGGCUGUGAAGACAGCGUCGACGACGUACUUCUCGGCUACGAGAGCGCUGCGCCCGUCUGCGUUGACAAGGAACCGCCUCGUUUCGAGAACUGUCCGACCCACCCAAUCGUGGUCGAGUCGUCGACAAACGGUAUUCUGCCGGUGAACUUCCCGGUGCCGACGGCGACCGAUAAUUCCGGACGGGUUGCCCGCAUGGAAAUUAAGCCACUCGGCUUCAGACCCCCUCAGAUGGUGUUCGAAGACACGGUGGUGCAGUACAUCGCGUACGAUCACGACGGUAACGUCGCCGUUUGCGUGGUGAACAUCACCGUCCCUGACUACACACCGCCCUCGAUCAAGUGUCCCCAGUCGUACGUGGUCGAGUUGACCGAGAAACAGGAAAGUUUCGUGGUGAACUUCAACGAAACUCGCGCCCAGAUCUCAGCCAACGACAAAUCGGGUCACGUCGAUAUUACGGUCACCCCGGAAACUGCCGUGAUUCCGAUCGGCGGUUAUAGAAACAUCACCGUCACCGGGACGGAUCGCUUCGGGAACCAGGCCUUCUGUUACUUCCAAGUGUCGGUGCAGGCCACGAGCUGCGUCGAUUGGUCACUGCACGCUCCCACUAACGGCAUUGUGAACUGUCUGCCGAACGAUGAAGCCACCGGCUAUCAGUGUCUGGCCACCUGCAAGAACGGCUACCGUUUCACCGAUGGCGAGAAGGCCAAGACGUUCGAAUGCAAAAACAAGGGACCGUGGCUACCGAAAUCGAUCAUACCCGACUGCGUAUCGGAACAGACGAAUCAAGCCUCGUACGACGUCACCGCUCAGGUUGAAUACCGUUCCGGAGGCGCGGUCCACGAUUCCUGUCUCGACCACUACGUCCGCUACGUCCGAACUUUCUACGAACGGCUCAACCGACAGCUUUCCGACCGCUGCUCCGCCAUCAACGUACAAAUGGAUUUAUCGUUCCACAACACUACGGCCAUGAUUAAAAGCGAAAACGAGUUGACUAUCGAUUACGUGGUUCGUAUCGUACCCGUCGUGCACCAGAAACUGCUCUACGAUCUCUGUGGGUCCACUCUCGGACUCAUUUUCGAUCUGAGCGUCCCGAGCACGUCAGCACUCAUUGAACCGAUCCUCAAUAUUAGCGCCCAGGAGAUCGGAGGACUCUGUCCGACGAUUCAAGCAAAACGAUCAACGAUCAAACGAGGCUUCACCUGCGAAUUCGGGGAAGUGCUCACUAACGAAACAGGUAUCGUGCCGAGAUGUCUGCACUGUCCCGCGGGGACUUUCGCAGCCGAGGACGAAAAGUGCAGCUUCUGCCCUCGAGGUUUCUAUCAGGACCUAACGAGACAGGCUCAGUGCAAGAAGUGCCCUGACGGAACCCACACGAGAGAGGAGGGUAGCAAAUCGCUCAGCGACUGCGUACCGGUCUGCGGAUACGGAACCUACUCUGCGAGCGGCCUCGUGCCCUGCUUGCAGUGUCCGGAGAACUCCUUCGCCGGCACUCCUCCUCCUGAAGGUUUCCGCGAGUGCACUAAAUGCCAGCCGAACUCGUUCACGUAUUCGGACGGCGCCGCCCACGCCAGCGCCUGCAAGGCCAGAUGUCGUCCGGGAAGUUAUUCCGAGACCGGACUUGAACCCUGCUACGAGUGCCCCGCCAACUUCUACCAGCCACAGGACGGCCAGACACAAUGCAUCCGGUGCGCGUCGAACCAGAAGACCAACUCUCCUGGCCAGACGACUCCGGAGGCGUGUCAGCCGGUUCAAUGCAACCCAACCAUUUGCAAGAACGGUGGCCUGUGUCUCGCCCAGAAUCAUCAAGCCACCUGCUACUGUCCCGCGGGCUUCACCGGUCAGUACUGCGAGAACGACAUGGAGGAGUGUGCCUCGAAUCCUUGCUAUAACGGAGGGUCCUGCAUCGAUCGGCCCCAGGGCUUCGCUUGCAAGUGCCCUACCGGUUACUCGGGCUCCCAGUGCGAAAUCGAGAAGUCCGAAUGCGAUGUACCGAACAUCUGUCCUGAACGUGCCAUGUGCCAGGACCUGCCCGGCUCUGGUUCGGUGAACUGUCUCUGCCGAUCGGGCUACGAGGGUCCGACGUGCAACGUGACAGUGAAUCCCUGCACGGUGGGUCAGAGCCCAUGCCACAACGAGGCAAGAUGUAUUCCUCUCAAGCACGGCCGAUACAAGUGCAGCUGCGCACCUGGAUGGACCGGACCCAACUGCGAAUCAAACAUUGACGAUUGCGCCGAGAGUCCCUGUCUCCUUGGAGCUAAUUGUACGGAUCUGGUCAAUGACUUCGCCUGCGAAUGUCCGCCUGGUUUCACCGGAAAACGUUGCCAAAUCAAGGUGGACCUCUGCGCGAACAAUCCAUGCGGAGAUCACGGAGUAUGCGUCGAUAAGAUGUUCAGUCACGAAUGCGUAUGCAAACCCGGCUGGAGCGGUCCCGGCUGCGAGGACAACGUCGACGAAUGCGUUUCGUCUCCCUGUCAGAACAACGGAGUCUGUAUCGAUAUGAUCGACGGCUUCCGUUGCCAAUGCGAUUCUGGAUUCACCGGGAUGACGUGCCAGCAUCACAUCGAUGAUUGCAAGUCGGAACCCUGCCAGAAUGGUGGAUCGUGUGUCGACCAAAUCGACGGCUUCACUUGUGAGUGCCGACCUGGAUUCGUCGGGCUGCAGUGCGAAGCUGAAAUCGACGAGUGUCUCUCGUUACCGUGCCACGCCACUGGAACGGCGCAAUGUAUCGACAAGGAUAACGGUUUCGAAUGCGUGUGCAACGCAGGUUACCGUGGAGAAUUCUGUGAAGUAGACAUCGACGAAUGCGAGGCUUCGCCUUGCGAGAACGGUGCCAAGUGUAUCGACAAGGUCGGCAGUUUCUACUGUAACUGUCCGCCUGGAUGGACUGGAGAACGUUGUGACGUCGACAUCGGGGGUUGCGAUUCCAACCCCUGUCUGAACAAUGCUCGUUGCAUCGAUCUCUUCGAGGACUUCUUCUGCGUCUGUCCAAGCGGUACCGACGGGAAACGCUGUCAGACCUCGCCUCAACGAUGCAUCGGCGAUCCUUGCAUGCACGGAUCGAGUUGCCAGGACUACGGUAGCGGACUCAACUGCUCGUGCUCUGAAGAGUUCGCCGGCAUAGGCUGCCAGUACGAAUUUGACGCAUGCGCCGAAAACGUUUGUCAGAACGGUGGCAAAUGCCAGCGUAGCGGCAAAACGUACGUGUGCGACUGUCCUCCGGGAUACGGCGGGAAAAUGUGCGAGCAGGACAUCCAGGAUUGUAGCGCUACCUCGUGUCCACCAAACGCCGAAUGCAUCGACCUCACAAAUGGUUUCUACUGCAAGUGUCCCUUCAACUACACCGGUGAAGACUGCCGAAAGCAGGUUUCAAUCAACUAUGAUCUGUACUUCAACGACGAGAGCCGUUCUUCUGGAGCUGCUCUCAACACGCCUUUCGAUUUGAACGCGACGAGCUUCUCUCUCGGGCUCUGGGUUCAGUUCAACACCCCGGGAAGCAGCGGAAACAUUGUCACUCUCUAUUCCGUAUCACACAUGCACAAGAUCCAGAACAAGACUCGACUAUUGAAACUCGACGACUCCGGAGUUCGGGUCUCGUUCUUCCCUCGGCACACGAUCGAAAUCUUCAUACCGUAUCUCGACAACGUUCCAAUCAACGAUGGUAAUUGGCAUCACGUCGUCGUCCAAUGGGAUGGUCAGGAAGGCACCUUGACCCUUAUCACGGACACAGCCCUCGCGGGCGUCGUCACCGGCUACGUGAAGGGCGAGAGACUCCCUCCGUACGGCUGGUUGAGUCUUGGGGCACCGGUCGACACCGACGAAAUGCGAACGAAGCCGGAAAGCGGAUUCCACGGGCGUCUGUCUCGAGUGAACAUCUGGGACCGCGUGCUGGACCAAAACCAUGAAAUUCCGGGACAAUUCAGAUCGUGUCAGAACUCGCCGGUUCUCUUCAACGGCCUGCUGGUUCGAUGGGCGAACUACGACAAAAUCGUCGGAACGGUCGAACGCCAAAGCCCGGGACGCUGCGGAGAGCAGUCGUGCACCACGACUGUCACGGAGGAAUGCAUCGCCAAAGUCGGUGACAAAGUCCCCCCGAGAACCAUCUACUGCCCGCCCGACAUGUGGGUCGUCACCCCGAACGACUCGAUAGCACUUCAGUGGGAAGAGCCGGAGUUCUCGGACGAGACGGGACAGAAGGUGGCCAUCAGCGAACUGAACGGUAUCCGAUCCGGUCACACUUUCUCCAAGGGUAUCUUCGAUCUCUCGUACGUCGCCAAGGACGUCGCCGGCAACCAGGCGCAAUGCGAUUUCCGUAUUCACGUCCUCAACGAUUUCUGUCCGAUCCCGCCUGCCCCGAUCGGAGGCUACCGGCAAUGCUCCGACUGGGGUCCGGGUAGCAGGUUCAAGGUGUGCAGCAUCGGAUGCGAUGACGGAUUGGAUUUCUCUGAAAAAGUUCCCCAGUUCUUCGUUUGCGGAGCCGAAGGUUUCUGGCGACCCAACGAUCGACCCGAAUUGCCUUUCACCUUCCCCGCUUGUGCUCCCAAGAGACCGGCUCAACGUCUCUUCAGGAUUGCGAUGGACUUCUCGUCGACCGUUGUCUGCUCUGACUCUGGGAAGAAAAUCCUGCGAUCCAGGAUCACCGAAGCUCUUCUCCAGGUCAACGAUAAGUGGCACGUGUGCGUCGAUCGAUUCCCACCCCAUUGCACCGGAACCCAACUCAACGUCAAAUGCCACAAGAACGGCGGUCGCGCCAAGCGCCAAGCCGACAAAGACGGAGAACCGGUCAGCAUCUAUUCCCUGGAAAUCAGUUUCCCCGCUCGCAAGGAUCCCGUAGUCAGCUCGGAAAAUCAACAAAAAGCCACCGUGCGGUCGGUUGUCGAGCAGGCCAUCUUGCAGGCGAAUGCCUUCGAUGUCCGUGAAACCCUCCCGAACGUUCAGCCUGACCUCACGUCGUUGAAGAUCUCCACCGAUUACUCGUGCGGCGCCGGCGAGGUUCCGGUGAACACGUUCUGCGUCAAGUGUUCUCUCGGAACAUUCUACAACAACAAGACAAGUACUUGCGAUUCUUGUCCCAACGGUUUCUACCAGGACGCGAGCGGUCAGCUCGCCUGCAAAGCAUGUCCCGAAAUCAACGGGAAGCAGGGCAUCACGGCCAGUUUCGGAGCUCGAUCGGUCGAAGAGUGCAAGCAACGCUGCACUCCAGGCCAGUACUUCGACGCCACCGUCGGUUUCUGCCGACCGUGCGGCUACGGUUUCUAUCAGCCCGAGGAGGGAUCCUUCAAGUGCGAGCCCUGCGGACCGGGGCUCACGACCCGCACGAACGAGGCCGCUUCGAUCCAGGAAUGUCGCGAAGAAUGCAAAUCGGGACUCCAACUGACCAUCACGGGACAGUGCGAACCGUGUCCGAAAGGAACAUUCCGCACGAGCGGUAUGCCGUCUUGUCAACAGUGUCCCAAGGGAAGGACCACGGCGGACUUCGGCUCCACGACUGUGGAACAGUGUUCGCUCGAAGUCUGUCAAAUCGGUCACUACCUCAACGUCACACGGAACUAUUGUAUGCCGUGCCCGAAGGGAACGUACCAGGACGAAGAACAACGAGACUCAGAAUGCAAACCGUGUCCGGCUGACACUACCACCGACGCUGUCGGAGCGACGGAUCCCAGCUACUGCUCUGAUCCGUGCAUGGUGAACGGCGAGAAACGUGUCUGUCACAAGAACGCCUACUGCGUAUUUAUUGAGGACGAACAGGACUUUGCCUGCAAGUGUAUGCCGAAGUUCAAAUUCAGCAACGAGACGGCCGAGUGUGUCGACGUCUGCGAGGAUUACUGCGAGAAUGGCGGUAAAUGCGAAAUCCCGCAGAAUGCAGUCGAGCCCCGUUGCGUAUGUCACAGUAAUUUCUACGGCGAACGCUGUGAGAGAAAGUCCGACUUCGUUUACGUCGCUGGAGGUAUCGCGGCUGCCGUCGUGUUCCUCAUCGUGAUGGUGCUUCUGAUCUGGAUGAUUUGCGUCAGGAUGACGUGGCGAGGGAAGCCCGGGAAAAUGCCGCUCCCACCCGCCAUGGACCUCUCGGGUUCACAACAGAACUUCUACUACGGGGCGCCCGCACCGUACGCCGAGAGCAUAGCGCCGUCGCAUCAUUCGACCUACGCGCAUUACUACGACGAUGAAGACGAUGGUUGGGAGAUGCCCAACUUCUACAACGAAACCUACAUGAAAGAUGGUCUUCACAAGGGCGGCACGCUCGCUCGGAGCAAUGCCAGCCUCUAUGGCACCAAAGAAGACCUUUAUGACCGGCUACGACGACAUCAGUACACCGGACAUAAAAAAGACAGCGAUACGGAGGACCAGACUUCGUAA